AUGUGUGACCCGGGACGAGACUAUGUGGCCGCCACCUGGGCGACCUGGCUGCAAAGAGGCAUCGCUGUUCCCCUGUGUCUGGCCCACCCCGACGAGGAGCUGAAGUACGUCCUGAACGACUCGGGCGCCAGCGCAAUCCUGGCCUCUCCAAGCCACUUUGAGCGCAUGGCAGACCUGGGGAAGGCCCUGGGGACCACAGUCGUCCCCGUGGGGGUGGUGCACACCCAUCGGGGUCUGCACGCUCAGACGAGCGCCCUCAUCGAUGCCUGGGGGUGGCAGGCCAAGGACCACAUACUGCACACCCUCCCCCUGCACCACGUGCAUGGCAUCGUCGUUGCCAUGCUGUGUGGCCUGCAGGCCGGGGCCGCAGUCGAGUUUAUGCCGCGCUUCUCGCCAUCACGAGUCUGGGAGCGUGUCCAGUCCAGCGCCGACCCGGUCAGCAUCUUCAUGGGGGUGCCCACCAUGUAUGCGUUCCUCAUCAAUGCCUACGAGGGCGCCCCGGCCACGAGCCAGGGGGGAAUGCGCGAAGCAGCCCGGAGACUGCGCCUGUGGACCUGUGGGUCUGCGGCGUGCCCCAAGCCCACCCUCGCGGCCUGGGCAGAGAUAUCAGGAGCCACACCCUUGGAGCGGUACGGCAUGACGGAGACGGGGAUGAUCCUGGGCAACCCCCUGUGCGGCGAGCGGCGAGUCGGGACGGUGGGCCUUCCCUUCCCCGCCCUUGGUGUCAGACUGGUCGACCAGGACAACAAAGUUGGGAAGGAGGGCGAAAUCCGCGUGAGGGGUGCGCAGCUGUUCAAGGAGUACUGGCGCAACCCUGAGGCCACCAGGGAUGCCUACGAUGAUGAGGGCUACUUUCAAACUGGCGACCAGGCGGUCGUGGAGGGCGACCCGCCGUACUACAGGAUGCUGGGGCGAAGCAGCGUGGACAUCAUCAAGCAUGGCGGGUAUAAGAUAUCCGCUCUAGACAUCGAGGGCAAGCUGCUGGCGCUCCCCGGCAUCCAGGAGUGUGCCGUGCUGGGGCUGCCCGAUGACACCUAUGGCGAGGUCAUCGCCGCAGUCCUUGCCCUGGACGGCGAUGUCAAGGAGCUGACCCUGGCUGACCUGCGUGCCAGGGCAGCUCCCCACCUCCCCGCCUACCAGCUUCCCAGCCGGAUGUGCAUCCUGCCAGCCCUCCCUCGCAAUGCUCUGGGCAAGGUGAAUAAGAAGGCGCUGCGGGCACUGUGCUUUCCUGAACAGGUGAAGCAGUGA